UAUCCCGUCGCAAACAAAAUGGAGAAAGACGGCGCUAGGACGGAUUUAGACGGAACUGUAAACGAAUUUCUUACUUACGAUGAGUAUUUAGACUCUAAGAUAACGCCGUUAGACCUUUAUUACCUUGAGGAUGAGAAGUUGGCUCGCCAGGUGGUGGAGCUGGGCCUCAGGGGCACUGGCGAGGUCUGGAAGAGAGAGGAAUUCGAGAGCAGGAAAGCAGCUGCUCAGGCCUCCAGGCUCUCCAAAAGGAGCGAGCAGAAGACCCUGGCAAGUGCAGGAAAAGAACUCAAAGACAACUUCCUGAGAGCCCUGGCCGAGCGUGAAGAGGCCAACCGCAGUGGGAAAAAUCAUUCCAUAAUUUUCAUAAGGGACCACAGUGCUUGUGGACAGGAAAUAUCUGGGUAUAUAGACUACGCCCACAGACUCAAAUGUGAAGACUUUGAACCAUAUUUCAGUGGAAAAAAAAGGCUUUUGCCACGACCAACUGACUUAAGUUUCUACAACUGGAAAACAAAUGAAGUCACUUCAAGUGACAGUGCAAACUACCAGGUGAUUGCUAACAACCCAAAUGGUGUACUCUUCAUGAAUAAGAAGGACCGAAACAUUGUGAAUGUUGACCCACAGGCAUCACCUUGUGAACACUCACCCAGAAUGCACCUUAAGUCUGAUAUCUAUCUUCAUGUUGCCAUCUUUGACCAUUUUAUCAAGUGUACAAUCUGACAUACACUGGAACUAAAGCACAGGCAGCUUUGUUAUUAAUAUUGUGUAGUGUGUGGUGUGUAGUGCUGAUGCUGCUUACCCCAUGUUUCCAAAAAUCCACACUAUGGAUGGCUGGAGAAACAUUUGGUCUUCAGGUAUUUAGUAGUUAUAGUGUAAGAACUUUUUUCUUACAUUAGCCAAGCUUUAGCUUGUUACAGUUCCUGUUAUAGUGCUGAAGGAGCUACCAAGUCAAAUUCCUGAUUCUGAUUCUAAACAAAUGCGUAGCAAUAAACAAUAAAUAAUCUGCAAUAAAUAAUCUGCAGAUUCUUGGCUCACAUUUGCUCUCUGCAGACAGCCUUGUUGAUGCUUUUAUAUGAAAUACUGUCUAUUACUUUAUAUUACUUUCUUAAAUGUCACAGAAUUCUCUGUAACAUCUUCAUGUUUUUGUUCAUGUUUUUUUUAAUUAAUAAAUUAUUCCUUUUGCUCAUCA